GCGGCGGUGAGUGACGGCGAGCGGGGGCUGCCGGCGCGGCGGCGCUGGUGGCCGGGCACGGCGGGCACCUCCGAGCCAUGGCCCCGGCGCUCCUCCCGCUCCGCCGGCUCCUGCUGCUGCUGCUGCUGGUCCACGGUGCCGCUGCCAGGCUGGAGGAGAAGCUCGCCCAUGUCGAGAAGUACAACACGGUGACACCACGCAAGGUGCUGGCACCUCGGGGGAAGAGGGACCUCUCUAUGCCACGGAGCAUCUACCCAGACCGCAUCCUCUACAGCGUCCGUGCUGAAGGCAGGGACUACCUCCUGCAGCUGGAGAAGAACAAGGAGCUGCUGGGGCAACACUACACUGAGACGCACUACUCGGCUGAUGGCACGGAGAUCACGGAGAAGCCAGAUGUUCAGGACCACUGCUUUUACCAGGGCCACGUGCGAGGAUACGCUGACUCAGCAGCGAGCAUCAGCACCUGCGGUGGGCUCAGUGGGUUCUUCCAGGUGAAUGAGACCACGUUCCUGCUGGAGCCCCUGGAGGAGGAUGUGGCUGGCCGGCACGCAGUGUACAGAGCAGCUCACCUGCGGGGAAAGCGUGGCACGUGCCGAGACUCCAGUGCCACCCUGGAAUAUGACCGCGAACCGAAAAUUCCUGCAGCCAUGAAGCUCUACCGCUGGAAAUCAGCUCCGUUACACAAAGGUCCCCGAUACGUGGAGCUGGUCCUGGUUGUGGACAACGAGGAGUUCAGGAAACACAAGGACUUGCGCACAGUGCAGAACCGCAUGAAGGAAAUCGUGAACCACGUUGACAAGCUUUAUCAGCCUCUUCGUCUGCGAGUGGCCUUGAUCGGCUUGGAGGUGUGGAGCCACAAGGACAAAAUCGUCGUCAGUCCCAACCCAGAGGUGACACUGGACAACUUCCUCCACUGGCGAGAGGCAGAGCUGCUGCGGAGGAAGCCGCAUGACAAUGCCCAGCUGAUCACGGGCAUAGACUUCCACGGCACAACCGUAGGGCUCGCCAAGAAGCUUGUGAUGUGCACCAGGGACUCAGGCGGUGUCAACCAGGACCACAGCACAAAUCCUAUCGGCGCUGCAUCCACCAUGGCUCACGAGAUGGGGCACAACCUGGGGAUGUCUCAUGAUGAAGAUGUUGCUGGCUGCCACUGUCCUGUCCCCAAAGCUGAUGGAGGAUGUGUCAUGGCGGCGAGUGUUGGCUUGGUUUACCCCAAGCUCUUCAGCCACUGCAGUGAGCAGGACAUGUGGCAGUUCCUUGGGGACCCCAGGACCAGCUGUCUGCUGAACGUCCCCAGGGCGGAUGAGCUGUACGGAGGGCCAGUGUGCGGGAACCAGUUUGUGGAGCGGGGGGAGCAGUGCGACUGCGGCACGCCGGAGGAGUGCUCCGACCGCUGCUGCAAUGCCACCACUUGCCAGCUGAGAGAGGGAGCCGAGUGUGCCCGGGGGGACUGCUGCCAGGACUGCAAGGUGAAGGCUGCCGGUGUGCUCUGCCGGGCCAGCAAGAAUGACUGCGACCUGCCCGAGCACUGCACUGGCCUCAGCGCCGAGUGCCCGGAGGACGUCUUCCAGGAGAACGGCAUCCCCUGCCAGAAUGGCGAUGGCUACUGCUACAACGGGGCCUGCCCCUCACAUGGCGAGCAGUGCCGCGCGCUCUGGGGUGCAGAGGCCCAGGUGGCUCCUGAUGUCUGCUUUAAGCACAACAGCGAGCAACACCUUCACCUCCACUGCCUCACUGAGUACGGGAAGCGGCCCUGCAGCCCGAAGGAUGUGAAGUGCGGCACACUGCUGUGCCUGAGCGACAACGCCAGCCCUGUCCUUGGUGGUGGCUCCUACUCUCUCUUCUUUGGCCGCUUCAAGUGCAAGGCGGUCAUCGCCAGCAAUGACGCCAACGAUGUGGUGGCCAAGCUCAGGCUGGUGCCCACCGGAGCCAAGUGCGGAGAGGAGAUGGUCUGCUACGCCGGGCGCUGCCAGAACCUCUUGGUCUACGGCAACAAGAACUGCUCAGCCAAGUGCAACAACCACGGGGUGUGCAACCACAAGCGGGAGUGUCACUGCGAGCCGGGCUGGGCAGCGCCCUACUGCGAGCAGAAGAUUUCAGGGAUGGCGGCAGGGAGUGGCAGCGUGGUCUUGGCGUCUGUGCUGGCUGUGCUGGUGUUCUCUGGCGCCCUGCUCGGCGGUGGCAUUGUACUCCUCAGAGGCAGGGGGACCAGGCACUUCCAGAAAGGGAGGACCUCCAGCGGGCCUGCCGCCGGCCUCGCCAACCCACUCUUCCAGGAGGGUGGCCGGACACGACCCCCCCGCCGCCAGCUGUCCCACCAUGACAUCGGCCACCCCAACCUGCUCAGCAGCACAGCAGCCCCUCGGGAUGCCCGGCCCCUCAAGCCCUGCUGCCCGGCCCCGCAGGUGAAGCCAAAGCCGCCCAGCAAGCCUCUCCCAGCACUGAAGAGCAAGGCGCUGUGCUCUGGCAAGGGGCCACCAGGACCGGCCCUCCCUCGCCCCCCGACGACACCUUCCUCAGUCUUCCAGGGGGGCAUCCCCCCGAAGGUGGCCCUGAAGCCACCCCCAGCCAGGAGGUGACCAAGGAUGCUCCAUCCACCAUCGCAGCUGAGGAGUUGCCAGCUCUGGCGCUUGGGUGGCACAGCUGGGGAGCUGCCCUCUCGCUUACACCCUUACUUGAAUCACUCGCCGGACCCUCCCCCGGCAGGGCAGCAGUGUUUACAGAUAUUUGAAAUGUGCCUUAACAGACUUGUAGCCUCACGGCUGGCCCGAGGACAUCUCCAUCUCCCGUCAGUUGGGGCUUUGUGAGGAGACCGGGAGUGGGGAUGAUGCCAGCUCCAAUUUUGAGGCCAGCCCCGAGUUGGUCCAGGCUCUCCUGCACCCUGGGAGCUGCUGCCUUCUCUCCCGACAUCCUGAAUGUGUCCUGCUCCUCUCGCCCCUUCCCUGCUGGGGCCAUCGCGAGGAGCUCCUGGCACUGGCUGCUGGGCUCACUGGGGCAGGAGGACCAUGCCCUGGGGCCACUGCUCUGGCUGGGGACAGUCACACAGGGGGUCUUGCCAGGGGCUUUGGCAGGUCCAAGCCAGGCUUAGCUUCCCCACAGGGCUUUUAUCUCUGAAGUUACCACUUGAGUCACUGUUCUCCUCAAAUGGAAUUUCCUGUGAGUCUUUUUACUGCAGCCAUUAACUUAUGACCCUUAUGUGACCAUUUUGAGCCACCUGUCGUGAAACCAGGCCUCCUCAUUUUUGAUACAAUUUAGGUUGAAGGCUUUUAUACCAAUAAAGACUGAAGGUA